UCUGUUUUGUCUUUUAUAUAUACUUGGUUUAGGUGAAUUAAUGAGUUAACCAAUUAUGUGGAAAGGAAAAAAAUAAAAAAAUACUAUGGUGGUUGUUGGUUAGGAAAGAAUUAGAGAUAAGCUUAGCAUUUGUCAUUAUUUUCAGAUUAUGUGAUUGUUGUCGAUCUUUAAAGAUAAGUAUGCUCUUAGCAAAUGGUCUCAAAUCUUUUGAGCUAACUAGAGCAGAUAUACUAUGUUUCUAGUUUCAACUGAGCAUGGACAAUACGUUGACCAUCCAUUAGAUGCGUGUGUAUUGAUGGGCUUGGACAAGGCUCAUAAGGAAGUGGUCAAGUAACUCUAAGAAUAAAAAAAUAAAAAUUACUCAGCUUAAAUAAAGUGAAUUUUAUAAAAAAGAAAAAAGAAAAGUGAAAUUCCCUCUGGAUUACUCGCUAAGAAUCCGUAGUAUGGUUAAGGAACAAGCAAGAAGGUUCUGGUGCUCGUAUGGGCCGUGACAUGACACCCCCUCCUAGAGACAUCUCUUACUGUGCAAAAGCCAACACCUCCAACCUCUUUAAAAAUCUCUAAUAAUACUCUCUCUCUCUCUCACUCAUAAUAGAAAAAAAUACAGCUUCUGUAAUCUCUCUCUAAAAGCUUCUCCGGCUAUGGCUUUAGUUCGUUUGGCUAUGAAGAAUGUGCAACAGAGGGUGGUCUCACCUUCUUCAUGUUCUCUGUUGUCCCAAAGUUUUAGUGAGAGGAGUCUGAGUGCAGCACACAAACAGAGGUGGGGAUCUGAACUUGUGAAGAGUCUGUCGACAACAACCGAGAAGACAACGCAACAACUGCAAGCUGAGGGUGCCAAAUCAUCAGACAACCGGGAGGUCUCGGUGUCUGAGGGUGCCAAAAAAUCCAAGCUGUUUCCCAGUAGGAAAGGCAGGAAGGGACUCUGGAGGAACAACGACCCUCAGCUUGUUCCUUCUCUCCAUGAAUUCAUUCCUUCAGGGCUUGGAGAUGCAAUCGUGCAAGCAACCCAUAACAUGACCAGGCUUCUGGAGAAGUUGGCGCCUUCGCGCCUCCUUGGCCGAUUCAAAGAAAAAGAUGAGUGCUACAUGAUGAAGUUUGAGGUGCCGGGUAUCUCGAAAGAGGACAUAAAGAUCACGGUUGUAGAUGGUGUGUUGACAAUAGUAGGAGAGCACAAGGAAGAGGAGGAAGAAGGGUCUGAUGACGAGUUUUGGUCGGCUAGAACCUAUGGUUUCUAUAACACAAGUAUUAUACUUCCCGAGGAUGCAAAGGUGGAUGAAAUUAAAGCUGAAAUGAAGGAUGGUGUGCUGUUGAUUACCAUACCCAAAAGUGAGGAGAAGAAAAAAGAUGUGAAGGAGGUUCAAGUUCAGUGAUGUCAUUAAUUCAAUUCUCUAUGUAACGAGGCUGCGUUUUGUUGUUUCUUGUGUUUUCAUAAGGUACUUUCCCUUUGUUUGGAGUUCAAAUGGAAAUAAGAGCAUGUUUUUGUGAUGCUUUUAGGUACUUGUGAAUCUGUGUAAUGAAUGUAUAGUUGCAAUCUGGUGCGGGCCGAUAAGAUCAUGUUUUUCUGGCCAAUUUGGUAUGAUUACAGAACGAUUAUGGAAGAUGGAGAAAUUGGUUUCUAGUCUUCAAGGACUAGGAAAUGAUUUUUUUAAAAAAAAUGAAAUUAAGUUUCCGAGGGUGUGAAUACUUGAAAUUUUGACUGUGACUUGGGCCCAGUGUAAGGCCCUUAUACCCGAAACAACAAAUUUUUUUUUUUUUUUUUUUUUUGGGGGGGUAAAUCAACGGGCUUUUAGGUUAGUUUGGGCCGGGCUUCUUUUGGGUGCCUUUUGUGGCUUAUUUGGUCUCUGGGCCUUUUUUGAUGGACCUCUUCUGAAAUGUUAGAUGC